AUGGAAUCAAGGGCAGAUGUAGAGCAGUUGGCCUUGGGCAAAGGAAAGAGUGAGCCUGGAGGAGAAACUCCCCAGUCCCGAGAGGCGGGAGGCGGGACUGGGUGGGGGCGGGGCAGAGGCUCUUCCAGGAAGCCUGGGAUUGGCCUGCGUCGGUGUCCACUUCCUAGUCCCCCCGGCCGAGCGCACGCCGCGGAGGCGGGGCAUCGCCGGAAGGGGCGGGACGGCGCGCAGUGGCGCGAAACCCAGCUGCGGCUUCCGUUUGGAACGUUGUGUAUCCUUUUGUAUCCUCGGCUGUGCUCCCGGCGUUCCAUCCGCGGUCCCCCGCCUGCGCUCGCAAUGGCGCAGCGCAGAGUCACCGACUUCUUCUCCUUGCGCAAGGGCUCGCGGGCCGGAGCCUCGGCUCUCCGCGGCCCCUUGAAGCUCCGCGGGAGCCCGGCCAAGCCGGAGGGGCCCCUGGGCCCCGGGGCGCGCGCCCGGCCCCGAGUGGUCUCCCCGCGCACCCCGGCCCUGGCCUCCGGCAGUUCGGCCCCCGCGCCGACGGGCACCCCGAGCGGCAGCGGCAGGAAGCGCAGCCGCCAGGCCUCGGACCUGGACCAGGAGGCGGAGGCCCCCCCGGUGCGGCGCGCGGCCCGGAGGAGGCUGGUGCUUUCCGCCGACCCCGAGACCCCGGAGGUCACGGUUUCUAGCUCAUGUUCAUCCACUUCCCCCUCUCUGGGGAAGGAGGUAAAGACUGUUCCCUUCUCCCCAGCCUCAAAACCCAGCCCGGAUUCCCCAGAAGUCAUCGGCCACUCAAAGCCAGACCUUGCUGAGCUCAAGUCCCGCCUGCAGAAGGUUCGGGAGCUGACCCACAGAGCCGCACCCCUCACCUCCACCCCAAAUGCCAGCGUCAGCCUCAGAAACCGACUGCAGCGUGCCCGGGAGCUGGGGGCCCAGAUCCAGGCUAGGACUUCUGCUGGCGAGAAGGAAAGUGAAGAGCCAGGUCCCCAGGAGGUGGGAGACCCCACAGCAGCACCAUGUACGUCAAAGGUCCCUGCACCUGCCUAUGAGCGGUUCCACACCCUCGCCCAGCCGGCCCCCCCGGGCCUCACGCUGCCCUACAAGUACAAGGUCUUGGCCGAGAUGUUCCGCAGCAUGGACACCAUCGUGGGCAUGCUCUUCAAUCGCUCCGAGAUGGUGACUUUUGCCAAGGUCAAACAGGGCGUCCAGGACAUGAUGCGCAAGAGGUUUGAGGAACGAAACGUGGGGCAGAUCAAGACCGUCUACCCAGCGUCAUACCGCUUCCGGCAGGAGCGGAACAUCCCCACGUUUAACGACAGCGUGAAGCGAUCGGACUAUCAGCUCACCAUCGAGCCUGUGCUGGAGCGAGAGGAGGGUGGCGAGGGGGCUGCCCAGCUGUCAGCCUCCUGCCUUCUGCAGCGCCGGCACACCUUCAGCAGGAACUUGGUGAACCUGGUCAAGGAACACCACAAGGUUUUCCUCGCCUCCCUGAGCCCGCCGCUGGUGGUACCAGAAGACCAGCUAACCAGGUGGCACCCCAAAUUUAACGUGGAUGAGGUGCCGGACAUCGUCCCUGCCGAGCUGCCGAAGCCGCCUCACACAGACAAGGUCACAACUGCGCAGGAGAUGCUGGCCAGAGCUCGGACGAUGCUGACGCCAAAGAUGGAAAAGGCCUUGGCCAAUCUGGCUCUGAAAACAGCUGACAGCAGCAGCCCUGCCUCACCUGGUCUCAGCAGCCCCCCUAAAUCAGGGUCACCUGGCUUCAGCAGCACCCCCAAACCAGGGUCACCCGGUCUUAGCAGCCCCCUGAAACUAGCUUCUCCAUCCAGCUCCCCCAGUGCCCUGAAGGGCGUCUCCCAGGCGCUGCUGGAGCGGAUCCGCGCCAAGGAAACUCAAAAACUGCAGGCAAUGAUGACCCGCAGACCUCAGCAGGAGGAACGGCUGCUGGUGCUGUCCAGGCUGCCCGAGCUGGCGCGCAUCCUUCGGAGCGUCUUUGUGGCCGAGAAGAAGCCAGCGCUGACCAUGGAGAUGACCUGUGCCAGGAUGGUCAGCAGCUACCGCUCAUCCAUGCCGCCUGGGGAGAUGGAGAAGCACCUGCAGGUCCUCGCAGAGCUGCUUCCCGACUGGCUCAGUCUCCACCACAUCAGGACGGACACCUACCUGAGGCUGGACAAGUCUGUGGACCUGGGUCACAUUUCAGAGAGACUUGUUAGGAUUACCCAAGAGGAGGAGAAGCUGUAAUGCAGGCCCUUCCUGGAAGACUGGGCUGGACUCUGAGCACUGUUUAAAUAACUGAAGGCUGUGGGUAAAGGGUGUAAGGGGCCUGUGUGUCUGCGUGUGUGUAAGGAGAUGGAAUGAUGACGCUUUUAAAAACACUAAAUCCCAAAGUGUGACCUUUCUACGUUUUAUCCCCCACUGGAAAAUAAAGAUUCCUUGUAGAUGCAGGAUGUGUGAUCAGACAUCUUGCCCUAAUCUCUGCAGCCCCUAGAGGCCCUGACUGUCCUCACUGCCUCCCCCCUGGGCUUGGGACAAGUGGCCAAAGGUCUGAUUUAUACCCGGCUUGCUGUGUGGCUGGGCUUUUGGCCUCCCUCGUAACCCACUGCUGGAGUACCUGUAUACCACCACUCAGCAAGUGGCCAGUCGCAAAAACCCAGGUGUCUGCUUUGCUGGGUGGUGUUGAACUUUUAUUUCUGUUUGUUGAAUGCUAAGUCUCUUGGUGGAGCGUCUCUGAGCGGCUGUGUUCUACCUGGUGUCAGCUUGGGCCUGAAGAAAGACAGCUGCCUGGCAUUUAUUAGUAAAUGAUUUAAUCACUGGAUACAGCUAGCCUCACAGCAGAGACAAGGCUGCCCCGCAGACAUUCUGGUCUUAAUUCCAGUUACAGGGCUCCCGUUCUGUCACCUCUCUAAAGGAGGCCUGGCCAGUUCUUUCCUUUGUACAGUGGUCCUUCAGGGCCCUAGGUGCUUUGUCCCUUAGCCAGUCAGGGAGUCUUAGGCCGUGACAUGAGGGAUUGUACGUUGUAUAUGCACAGUAAAAACGAAUAAAAACAUGUAAAGAGA